CAACAACCAUGGGCAAGAAGCGCGCUGGACCGAGCGCGGCCAUCGCACCCGCCGCGGGCAAGAAGAUGACGUUUGGGGACGAUGACGACUUUGACUAUGCUGCCCCGUCGUCGCCUGGCAUUCCUUCCGAUGUCCCUUCGGACGAUGAGGAGGAGCAGUCGGGCUCCGACUCAGACUCGGAUGCCGCGCCCGAAGCGGUCGGCAUGCGCGCCGGUGCUGCAGAUGAGCGUAAGCGUGCAGCGGCUGAGGAAGAGGAGCGCAAGGCCAAGCGUGAGGCAGCUAAGCUCCGCGCAGCGCGAGUCGCUGAGGCCAAGGCGAAGAAACCGAGCAAGGAGAAGAGGAAACGGUCCGAUCCAGAAAGCGAAGACAGCGAGGACAAGGAUGACUCCGAGGCGGCGCGCUUGAGGCGGCGAAUGGACGCGGCAAUGGUGGCGGGCGAGGGCGACUCGCAAAUGGAAGAGGAGGAGGAGGAAUCGGACUUCGACGAGGAUGGAGACGACGACUUCGAUGCGCUCGAGGACGAGGACGAGGACGCCGAAGAAGAUGAAGAAGAGGAGGAGGAUGAGGCAGAGGAAGAAGAAGACGAAGAAGAAAGCGACGAGGAAGGCCUCUUCUCCCGCCCCGUUUCUUCCGCGCUCAAGAGCAAGAUGGACGCGAUGAUGGCGGCGAUGGAGGGACGCGCCAUGGCGGCGGACCCCAAGUUUGCAGAUGAGAUGGCCUCGCGACGCAAGAAGGGCCCCGUGCUCGAAGUACCGGCGCUCAAGUCCAAGAAGGCCAAGUCGCAGUCUGUCGGCACCAAGACGACGUUCGACGACUUUGGCGAGCUCGACGCCGCGCCGCUGUCGGCGGACAUGCUCGCCGCGGCCGACGCGCAACUCGCGACGGAGAAGUCCCAGGAGAAGACCAAGGGGGAGGAGCGGGCAAAGAAGCGCCGACGGAAGGGAGGCAAAGGAAAACAGGCGCCGACGGUUCGCGUGCUUGACGACCGCGCCGUGCACCUCCUCCCGCCAGUGCUUGCGGGCACUGCUCUCCCGCCUGUCGUGGGGCCACGAGAGCGCGUCGUCGCCGCGAACAAGGCCAAGCAGACGUUCUACAAGCGCGCAAUGAAGGCGAGCGGCAAGAUCCCGGGCAAGGGCGUUGUGGAUGGGCGGAGGCGGUAGCGGGCGGAUGUAGGCAUGUAAGUAUACC